AAAGAGGUAUCAAGCUUUGUAUAAGGUAUGAGUGAUCUAGAAAAUUACUUUACUAAACUUAAGAGGUUGUGGGAUGAAUUGGAUUCCCUUAAUGUCAUUAUAUCUUGUUCUUAUGUCUGUGUAUGUGAGGGUAAGGGAAAGCUGGUUAAAUCACUGUAACAUCAGAAAUUAAUGCAGUUUCUGAUGGUGUUGAAUGACGUCUACGCUCAGGCAAGAGAGAACAUUUUGAUGAUGAGCCCUUCGCCAAGAAUUGAUGUUGUGUACUCUCUUUUGUUGCAAGAUGAGAACCAACGAGAGUUUUAUGUUAAUGCAGACCCCUUAACCAACUCAACAGCUUUUAUGGCAACAACACAAGGCAAGUGGAAUCACAGAAAUGGUAACCAAAUGAUAAGAGGAAAUGCUCAAUCACAGAAGUAUGAUAAUGGGGAACAAAGGAAUGGAAAACCAGUCCAGAGAUUCAGGUCAAGGAAGUUUAAGUACAAUCCUAAUGUUGCAUACUUACUGUGGAAAACAGAACAUGUACAUGAUAACUGCUACAAGAUCAUUAGAUACCCCAAUGAUUUUGAGUUCACUAAGACAAGGGACAAUCAAGGAACAGUGAAGGCAAAUACAGUUGCAACAGAAGAAAAAUCUAAAGCAUAUCAAAACACACAAGAGGAUACAGCCUACAACAAUUACAGCCAGUACAUAAGCAAAGAACAAUACACAAAUCUGGUGCAACAGGUUACAAAAGAUGUCCUGAAGGAACAUAAGGCAACACCAACGACUGGUUUUAGUGGAAAUGCCAUUGCUGGUUCCUUUAACGAGGAGCAUUAAAACUUUUGGUGAAGUAAAUGAGGGAUUGUACCUGUUGAAGUCUUCUACUAUUAGGUAUCAGUUUGUUUCUAAUACUAAUGUAGUUUCAAUUCUACAAGGAAGUAGUUCCAUUCCUAGUUCUUUCCUUUUUCUGCAAAUGUAAUCCCUCUGUUGAUUUUUGGCAUGUAAGGUUAGGGCAUCUGUCCUUUUCUGCAAUGAGAAAAUUCAGUUUCAUUAA